GGUCCUCGGACCCGGAAGCUAUUGCUUUGUGCGCCAAAUAUCAACAGCUCAACGUCGAAGCUGGGAGAAGUUUCUCGAGAAAAUGUUUACUGAAAAUCAGAAAAUAAAAGUGGCCCAGGUGAGGGAAUAGAACCUGCGAGGGUAUGUCUGCAUUGAGGCCGAGAUGCAGCGGAGUAAAGCUGCUGUGGCCGUGGAGGUGAAGCAGGUAAUCAGAGCUCUGUGUACACUGCUAGCGGCCAGCGGCUUGGAUCGUAUCCCCCCACCGGAGAACUUCAGACGAGCAAAAUUCGGCGGUGGACCCGAGGUGGAAGACCAGUUCUGGCAGCUCCUCGCCGAUAUCCUUCUGACAUCAGGCCUUGUUUCGUUAGAGGCUGGUGCACAAACAGACGGAGCACAGAACAGGAAGCUGGUGGCAGUAGGCCUCUGGCAGACUGGCUACCAUGCGGACUGGAUGUGUGGAAGCUGGGAGAGAGGAGAAGGAGGGGGAGGGGAGGAAGGAGGUAGACUCUCCAGUAGAGACCUUCUCCUGGCGCUGGGCUGGCUGCUCUCUACAGGAAAGCUGGAGGAGCUGCUCACCCGGCGAGUGCAGAAGCUGGACAAGACACUGCUCACACCUUCACCUAUGAACCCUCAGCUCAACAACAUGCUCUCAUCAGACUGUGGGUCCCUGAGGAGACUUCACUGGCUCAUUGGUCGCCUGAGAUACCAAGGAAGGACCCUGCUCUCCAUGCAAGAGGAGAGAACUCGCUUGCUCCAUGCUGUUUUAUUUGCCAGCAUUCCCACUUCUGUAUCCUCCUCGUCCUCCGAUCAAAGGUCAACUACGCUGAGGGAGGAGUGUGUGCGUGUGCAGCAGCUCUGUCACCUCCUAGAAGCAUAUCUGAACUGGAAACGGGUGGAGAAAGUGUUCUGGACUUGGAUGGACAGUGUGUUGGAUAACCAUCUGACGGAUCCUGUCGAGAAGCAUACACAUGAUGCAUCCAGUGGCAGCGCAGGGAUGUGUCACCACGGAAACCGGGGGCUAGGGAAGUUGGAUGAAAUGCUAAUGAGGCAGCCUACAGGGCAGAGGAGAGGCAGAGGGGAUGCGGAGGACAUAGGAGAGAGGUUGCAGUGUGGCUCGAAUACCUCUUGCCUUCCUCUGCCCUCUCUCCCCCACGCCUACCGAGCCAGGCUCCAGACCGGGAGGCCAGUCAAACACAGCGGCCACACAGCAGAGGGAACCCGCGGUGGAGCCCAGACUCUGGACGAGCUCCCAGCGUGGGAGGCUGUCCAGCUGCUUCUUCAGACAGAGGGCCUGCUGCUGGAGAGGAGGGACAAGCAGAGACAGGCCAAUAGGAUGCAGCUGCAGGAGAUGAUUGGCAGGCUGGACAAACUGGUGUUGAUACCACCUCAGACAUGUUUUAAUCCUCAAUCUGCUGAUUUAUUGAUUCAGAAAUAAACACAAACCUGGAUUU